AUGGCCUCCCGUGGGCGUCCUCGGCCCGUCGGAGCCAUUUGCCAGGCUUACAAUAGCACCACUAAGAUCCGAAUCGCCUUCUUGAGGCUAGCUAUGGCGGAGAACUUGGUCAGUCCCCAGCCCCUCAAUUCAAUGACGAUUUGGGAAAUCAUCGAUAGUCGCCUGGAGCAUGUCUCCAGGCAGAGAAUUGCUUAUCAACGCACGUUUAGCGAAAUGGUCCUGAUCAAAGACCGCGAGCUCUUUGGGUCGUUACCCUUCAAGGACAUCCCACCCGAAACUGUGCGCCUCCCGACCGAUGAAGAUGUUGAAUCGUCACCACUCAUUCGCUAG